CAGACAUUUGACGCGGGUAUCCUGAAAGCGUGGUUACCAAGACGUCGAAGACGCCAUGUUGGACUAAAAGCACGCUAAGGAGAAGAAGGGGAUUGUUUAGAACUAGAUUUCCAAGCUCGUAUCUCGCUUCGGCGAGAGGUAUUAGUUCCGAAAGAUGGGGAGGAGGUCAACGUACACCACCAAGAGUGGGAAGUUUAUGAAUCCGACCGAUCAAGCCCGAAAGGAGGCAAGAAAAAGAGAAUUGAAAAAGAACAAGAAACAGAGGAAAAUGGUGAGAGAAGCUGUUCUGAAGACGAAAGAUCCUAAGAGAAUCCUUGAUGAAAUUGAGAAGAUUGAGACUUUUGAGAUUGAUGCUGGUGCUGAGCCUCUUCCGAAUGACAAAGCACUGAAAGACAAGAAAAAGAAACUUAGAGAGACUCUCGAAAGAUUACAAAAACUUUAUGAAAAAGAUGACCCAAGAAAAGCUGGUGAAAUACAAAAAUUAUUAGAUGACAGUGACCAAAGAAGACAGCAUGCCUAUCUGGAGGCUUAUGAAUCAAAGCGCGUAGCUGAAAUGAUGGCAAUGGAAUAUUCCGAUAUCCCUCUUCCUACUGGGAUACCCCUCUCCCAGCCAGGAGUACCUAUGCCGAGCGAUAUCCCUUUACCAGGCGCAUUACCUGGCCAACAAACACUACCUCCAGGACUUAUCCCCCCUGGUCCACCCCCUGGUGACCCCCCUGUCCAAUCAGGGAAAUCUAUUCCUCCAGGAGUGGCACAACCAGGCCCUCCCCCAGGGGCACCCACUAUCCACCCCCCUGGUGUGGGGCCUGAGGACCUUGGUGAGCUUGGCAGGGGCAGCCAUGGUAAUGACGAUGACAGUGAUAGUGGUACAAGCGAGUCAGGACUGGAUGAGGAUGAGUAUAAUCCAGAGGUCGGCGCUGGUUAUGGGAAGACAGAUACAGGAGCAGAUGAUUCUCAAGACUCUGAUCGACCCAGAAGUGUGCGGUUUGCUGAUGAAGUUGAACCGGCAAAGGGAGAUGGCUCAACAUCAUCUGUACAAAAAGCACUGCUUAAGAUUGCUGGCCAGGCGGACCAAGCCAACAGAAAACCUGACAACAGACAAGCAACUCCUGGCCCACCCCCUGGUGCCCCACCCGGCCCGCCCCCCCGAGGAAUGCCACAAAUGGGAGGCAGCUCCAUCCAGCCCAACUUCCCAAUCCGACCUCCCCCUAACAUGAUGGAAAAUCCCCCUCGCAUGUUCCCCCCGGGCCCCCCUCCUGGAAGACCCCCAGGGCCACCCCCUGGAAUGCCGGGUGGGCUCCCCCCUGGGCCGCCACCUGGGAUGCCUCCUAAUAUGGCUGGUAACCUCAUGAACCGGGGGCCUAGGCCCCUGAUGCAGCAGCCUAUGAUGCCGCCUGGGGGUCCUCCUCCGCGCAUGAUGAGACCCCCUGGACCACCAACCAGGAUGAUGCCACCACCACAGGGUGCAGUGCUGUCUGCCCCGCCCUCGGUUAUAAGCAAGCCACCCAUGGCAAUGGGUGAUGGCGCCCCAGCUGGGAUCCUUAAAAAGGAAGGUGCAGCAAUCAUCUAUGCCAAACCACAGAUUCGAAAUACACAGGCUGAGCUAACCAAACUAGUCCCGACCUCACUCAGAAUCAAGCGUGAGGCGCCCAAGACAAAGGGCAAAUCCAAGGAAGCCGAGGAGCAGAUGAUGUUGCAACCCCAACAGCCAUCACAUCCCGUUACUGGAAAAGCUACAAAGGACGAUGCUUAUGCCCAGUUUAUGAGGGAAAUGGAAGGCUUACUUUAAGAUUGCUGUGAAAUUCUUACUUAGAUCUACCCAAGGAAGGUGCAUUCCAAGACAUUUUAUCCAGUGAGGGAGGUCACAUUUAUAUCUUAGCAAGCGCCCUGAGACAUUUUGUACAGUAUUUAACUAAGGCAUGUUCCUUUUUUGUUGUGGUGUUUGUUCUUGUUUGUUUGUUUCCUCUACCCUGUUACUGUAGUUGUUUUUUAAGCGUUGUGCUGUGAAUCAAAGACAUUGUGCUGUGAAUCAAAGAGAAUCACAAAUGUAAUACAUUAGCCUUUUUCUGAUUGUUUGAGGUUCUAUACUUUUUGUUGCUGUUCUUAAUCCAAAGGUUAUGUUCCUAAAUAAUGGUUAUGUUCCUAAUCCAAUGGUUGAAAUUUAUUUUAGGGACAGCACAUGAAAUGUAUGACAUUCAAUGGUUUAGCAAUAUUAAGACAGUUCAAACUAAUACUCACACAUCCACAGUAAAACAUACACUUAUUUCUUCUAUAUAAGUACUACAAUAAGAUUGUUAUUAUUUUCCUCAGAGAAAAGACAAUAUACAUAAAUUGUAUUACAAUUUCUUUUUAAUGUGGACAGAAUAAUAAAAAAAAAAUUCAACAUGAAAUGCUACUUACACACCUGCUGUUACCCUCAUUUUAGAUAAAAUGAAUAAAAAGUAACCACAUA